GGUAAGGCAUGCAAGGGCUGUCUUUCUAAAGAGAGAGAUGCCAUCCUGGAGGAAUUUCGAAGGGAAGCUGACUUUGAGUGGACGAAACCUGAAAUACACAAUUCUUUCAAAACAAUUUCAUGCUUACCAAGAAAAAACAUAGUAUUUCUCAAAACGCACAAAUGCGCCAGUUCUUCUGUCCAGAAUAUACUGAUGCGUUAUGCGCACACACGGAAUUUGACUAUCGUGAUUCCUGUGCUUCCAAAGUACAAUCAUUUUUUCUCUUUAGUGAAGCCAUUUCGAAAAGAAAUGAUUGCAGGUGCUCCUUGGGAAAUCCUCGGAUACAAUAUAAUAUGCCACCACAUGGUGUUCAAUAAACCAGUUAUAGAAAAGAUUAUGCCAAAAGAUACGCUUUACAUAUCCAUUGUCCGAGAUCCAGUGAGCUUAUUUGAAUCAUUAUAUGAGUAUUCCGAGUUGAAGGACUUUUACCACAUGGAUAUUGAAGAAUAUGCAAGAGGAACAAAAAAUGCGACAAUUGCAACAAAGCUACGAAAUCGUUCAAAUGGCAUGGGGAGAAAUCAAAUGUUAUUUGAUUUUGGAGUACAUCCAUCAUUCUUUGACAAUCCCAGAAUGGUCCAGAAAGCAGUAGAAAAUAUAGAAAAAAAUUUUGAUUUCAUGAUGAUCGCAGAGUAUUUUGAUGAAUCGAUUGUGCUUCUCAGACAUAUACUUUGUUGGGAGUUAGAUGAUGUCAUUAGCCUUACAAUAAAUGCUCGCAUGGAUAAUUACAGAAAAAAUCUUUCCGAAGAAGCUACUAAAAACAUCCUGGACUGGAAUUGGGGAGAUAAAAUAUUAUACGAUACAUUUUUAAAAAAAUUUCGAGAAACUGUAAAGGAAUUUGGAGAAGACCGCAUAAACUCUGAAGUGCAAGAACUUCGGAAAAAACGCCAAGACUGGUUUGACUACUGUGUACAAAAAGAAGUUGAGUCAAGGAAUUUAACUUCAUAUAAAAUCUGGAGCAAUAAAGUAACUGCUUAUUUGUUGAAACCAACUGUUCGCAACAUAACUUGUGAAGACUUGGUGAAACCUGAGAAGUACUUUACAUCAGAAAUCAGGCAAUACCAACUUAUCAGAAGUUUAAUAAAAGGUGCAUCUGUAAAGAAUUAUGGUCCUAUGUCAUUAAGGCAUUUAAUAGAUUUAAAAGUUUUAAAAGGUAAAGAGGAAGAGAUUGCAAGAAAUUUACUAAUGAAUCAGUAUAAAAGCAGACGAAAAUUCCACCAUUUGCAGCAUGGUUAAAAAAUAUGGUAAAUUUUUUCCUAACAGUGUAAGAGGACAAAACUGUACUACUGUUUCAUGUGAUGAACAGUAUUUUAGAAAAUUAUUUAUAUAUUAAACAAGCAAUUAAAUUAUUCAUUACACAUGGGAAUUUAAUCACACAUUUGAAAAGUAAAAACUGUAAAAAUCCAAUAUUUUAAUAAAAACGUACAAAAAUA